UUCUUAUCAGGUUUACAUGAAUCGUUCUGUCUGCAGUCCUAUAAAUUGUUUGGUCGCGUCGAAUAUAUCUGAGUUGAUAAGGUGGCAUUCCUCUGCGUAACCGUCUUAACACUUGACAUGAAAUGUCCUAAAAGGAUGGAUCACGUUUUCAUUAUUCUAAUACUACUCGGAGUAUUAAUCGUUUCUUCAAGUUGCUGCUGCUCGAGUAAAAAAUGCCAUUGUACUCACUCUAUCGCCUGUCAUGUGAUGGCAAACUGCUCUGAACAAAAUCUGAAAGCGGUUCCUAAAUUUGACAAAAACGUUACUUGCAUCGAUCUAUCUGGAAAUAACCUGGAAUAUAUCAGCAAACAAUCAUUUCAGGGAUUGAAAAUAUUACAUCAUCUGAAUUUAUCCUAUAAUACUUUGAAAAUUGUCGAGGAAGGAGCAUUCCGAAGUUUGGAAAAACUAACCUACUUGGAUAUCUCAGUGAAUGUCAAUCUUGGAUUAGCUGUUCUACCGAACGUAACAAAUGGAUUAAAUCAAACAAAAAUUGAAGUAUUUAAAUUUGAAGAGAUAAGCUGCCCCGGUGGAAGAAGCAAUGUUCUACGUCGACACCAUUUAAAUAAUUUGAACAACACAUCACUAACGGAAUUAAGCAUUGCUGGAAAUCGAAUUGAAAUGUUUGAACCAUGUGUCUUAUACAACUUACCAAAAACCAUCAGAAAGCUUUCCGUUGCAAAUAAUCGUUUAAUAGUUGGGAAAUAUGUCCUGGAAUAUUAUUCACUCGUUCAACUUGAAAUAUUGAACGCUAGUUUAAGGAACCGUCCAGCUCCCUUCUUAGAGUCUAUUUCAAGUUGUUAUGAAAAUCCGGACCCAUCGAGUAGACAUAUCUUGGAUUAUAACUGUCAUGGAAAUCUUUCACAAUCCGUAUGGGAUGAAGACCCCCCGCGCAUUACAAUCUCAAUACCACCUAAAUUACACACGGUGUAUGUUAAUUCGAGCAAACUAUAUGCAAGAGUCACUAGCUUCGGACUGAAGCAUAACAAUCUAAAACGUUUUUACAUUCAAGACAAUGUAAUUUACUCGUGGUUUGGGCCCUUACAUGGUGUGGAAAAUGUAACCGUCCUAGAUAUUUCAAAAAACUUUUGUUCUAAACUUAAAAAGGACAUUGCCAAAAACCUGACAGGUUUGUUGACGCUUAAUGUAGCCCAUAAUGCCCUGGGACCUACUUUCCAGUGGGAUAUUACAGGUAAAAUAUUUCAGAACCAACGUCGGCUUCGGUUUUUAGACAUUUCUUACAACAGAAUACAAGCAUUGCCGGGUGCGUUUAUGAAAAAUCUCAUAAACCUUGUUUAUUUAAAUGUUUCCAACAAUCUAAUAUCCGAAUGGAAUUUGAAAAUGAGACACAUGAGAAAAUUAACGAUAUUGGACCUAUCACAAAAUAGACUUGGUUCGAUAUCAAAAAGGAGUAUGCGAGAACUUGAUAUGUUAUUUGGCAAGGGUAAUUUAUCCAUCAUCCUAAAAAAUAACAGAUUGCUCUGUACAUGCGAAAAUUUAGACUUCCUUGAAUGGAUGUCGAUUAACAGAGAGCAUUUUAUGCAUCAUAAAACGUACACUUGUUUAAAAACUCAUCAAAAUACUAGUAAUUUUGAUUUUAAACAACUGAGGAAAUCUGUUGCGAGACUAAAAACUGAUUGUAAGUCAUAUACUACCAUUUACAUCAUAGUGUCGGUUGCCGUUUCCUCCCUUUUCAGUUUGGCCGUUUGUAUAGUCGUUUAUCGAAAUAGAUGGAAAAUUCGAUACUUGAGAUAUACUUUACUGCAACGCAACAAUGGCGGAUACAGUCGACUUCAACUCACUUCAGCCGACAGUUUUUUGUAUGACGCCUUUGUAUCUUACACAAGCAAGGACAGGGAAUUUGUUACUAAAGAAAUGAUUCAAAAGUUGGAGCAAAUGAAUGGAUUUCGGCUUCUCAUCCGUGACAGAUCAUUCAUACCAGGCGAAUCAAAAUCUCACCAAAUAGUGCGCUCUAUUCAAGAAAGUAGGAGGGCUAUAUGUGUCGUUUCAAAAAAAUAUCUGAAGUCCGCGUGGAGGGAUUACGAACUUAACAUGGCCAGAGUAGAAGGUGUGGAGGCAAGGAAAACGCUCAAAUACGUGAUUCUUAUUCUCCUACCAGAGGUUUACAACGGUGGUUAUCCCAAAAAGAUUUCAGAUUUCUUGAAGAAAAACUGCUUCAUUGAAUAUCCAGAUGACCCUGCUGGCUACGAGGAAUUCUGGGGAAAUCUUUGUGACGUUUUGCAUGCAAACAAUCUUGAGUGAAUCACAUUCUUCCUUUUCUUUUUUAAUGGCAAUGCUUAUGUAAAUUUUGUUAUAAUCUGAUUGCUGUUUUGCUAGUUUUUGUUCAAAGACCUCUUCAAAACUCUCAGAGUAAACUAGUUCACCGUAUACCUGAUUUAAUAAGUUUUGUCUGAUUUCAAAUACUCCCAGGCUUAUAAAGAAAUAGCUUAUAGCAUGUAUUAUAACUGAUAAAGUAUUUUUGUUUAUUUUUAGAGUUAAGGACGACAAACCUAAUUCGAGUAUUUGAGCAAAUAAGCCUGCUCAUGUUCUUAAAAUGUGGCUGUUGUGACGUAUUUAAAUACAUGUAUUUCUUAUUUUGCAUAGUGAAAUAUUAUUAUAAAUAAAAUACAGAUAGGAAUA